GUUGUGUAGGAUUGACUGCAUAGUAUACAAAUUGCGGAGAAAGGCUGUUGCUUUGGUCUGCCAUGCCAAGUGGUGUGAGGAUGCAUCUACUUUGCCAACUCUACCUGGGCAUUUGCUCCAUGUUUAUGAUCCUUCUUCAGAUUCUCUUCAGAUGUUUGAUCAGGGCAGAAGAGGCUACUAAUUUUCCUGUCAGGUUGGUUGGAAUCAGCAAGAUAAAUUUGUUGAUGGUAGGGCAGUAAAUACUGGUGUGCAAAUGUUGCUGGACUGGAUCUCACGGCAAUUAAAAGAAAUGCUUAGCCCGACUGGUUUCAGAUUGCUUUCAGCGAUAACCUGCAAACGAAAUGAAGCGUAUUUGGAUUUAUUCUGAUCCAAUACAAGUGAUUCGGGCUGAUCUGAGCUGACUGAAUCCUAGCGGAUAGUAAGAUGGGGAAACAGUUCGAUUGAUUUGACUAUCAUUUAUCACGGCAUUCAGCAUUCUUCUUUACUGAAGGCAAGUUUUGUGCUGUUUCUCUUCCAAGUGGCUUUGACUUUACACAAGGACUUCUCUUUUGCAAGGGUGUGUUUAGUUCGCGAUUUUUUUGGGGUUCGGCUACUGUAGCACUUUCAUUUUUAUUUGAUAAUUAGUGUCUAAUCAUGGACUAAUUAAGCUCAAAAAAUUCAUCUCAUCAUUUACAGCUAAACUGUGUAAUUGAUUAUUUUUUAAACUAUAUUUAAUGCUUCAUGCAUGUGUCCAAAAAUUCGAUGUGACGGGGAAUCUUGAAAAUUUUUUGGAACUAAACAUGGCCCAAGUGUUUUCUCCGUCCUAAAACACAAGUAUGUUUAGUUUGUCUAAAGUCAAACUAUUCUCAAUUUGACAGAUAGAAAUAACAAAAUUUACGAUAUUGAAUUAGUAUUCUUGGACCCAUUAUGAAACAAUUGUCAUUGUCAACUCCCAAGGAUAAGCAGAAGGUAGUCCCCAAGUUCAUGUGUGUGUCGACAACUUCUUCUAAAAAAAAGAUAUGAUGAGAUCGUGCAAAAUAUUGUACUGUAAUGUCCAAAAUGAGAAAUAAUAAUCGUGCAAAACCCGAGAAAAGCAUGAACUCCUGUACUCCCUCAAUCCUGCAAAGACUGAUCGUUUAGAAAAUUUUGGACAUAGUACUAGUAGUGAAAAAUAACCAUGUUACCCCUAAUUAAUUAUAGCGGUUGUGAUUGAAGACUGCGUUGUUUAUUUGGUUCUCUAGGUUCUCAAUGAAUGCAAAUGCAUUGGAACCAGAAUAGUAACAUCUUGAUUGGCUCUACCCUUCUCUAUGCAAUUAUUUCUUGAUACGAUAUUUCUUUAAUGAGAUGGAUUUUACUACAAUCUAAACGGACAGUCUUUGUGAGACAAAAUUUAAAAGCUAAACGGAUAGUUUUUGUGGGACAAAAUUUAAAAGCUAAACGGACAGUUUUUGUGAGAUGGAGGUAGUACUCUUUAACAAACAUUUAUUCCUGGCUGCAGAAUUCAGUUUAUUGAUCCAUGCUUCACAACAAACAAACAAAUUGUGUAAUAAAGCAAACAUACAAACAGGCAAUGUGAUAAUAUUUUCAGAACAGUGCGUGUUGUCUUUUGCACAAACUGACAAAUCACAUAUUUUAUGUUUGAAACGAACAGGUCAGAAAAGCUGCCUAUUUUACCGAUAACUGCUCUAAUCAAAAGACGGCAGGUACUAGCAGACGAUGCCGUCGCCGCCGGUGAGCGUGGCAUCUCGGCGCACGGUGAGGCCGCCGCCCCGGCCUCGCCAGCGCAUCCCGCUCACCGUCUGGGACCUCGCCUUGCUCCCCGCCGACUACCUCCAGUACGGCCUCCUCUUCGCGCCGCCGCCAGUCUCCACCGCCCAACUCGUCGACCACCUCGAGGCUGCCCUCGCCGACGCGCUGGCCGUUUACUACCCCGUCGCCGGCCGCCUCGCCAUCGAGCAGCACCGCGCCGACAAGGGCCAGCAGGUCGUAGGCUGCUCCGUCUCCGUCGACUGCGCCGGCCAGGGCGUCGAGAUCCUCCACGCCGUCGCGGACGUCGUCGCCAUCGCCGACGUCAUCCCUCCCGACGCCGACGUCCCGGUCUUCGUCCGGUCCUUCUUCCCGCUCGACGGUGCUAUUAACCACGAGGGCCAAGAGCUUCCCCUCUUCGUCGUCCAGGUCACCGAGCUCGCCGACGGCGUCUUCGUCGGCUUCGCGUACAACCACGCGCUCUCCGACGGCGCGGCCCUCUGGGACUUCCUCAACGCAUGGGCCGAGAUCGCGCGUGUCAGGCUCGCGCCUCCGGACGCCCCCGGCGCGGUGACGUCGCGCGCGCCACUGUUCGAGCGAUGGUCGCCCGACGGCGGCGGCGCGCCGCCGAUCGUGCUCCCCUGCUCUGACCUGGCAUGGCUGACCAAGACGCAGUACUCGCCGGCGACGCCACCGCAGCUGCGCGAGAGGAUGCUGCAGUUCUCAUCAGGGUCCUUGAUGGCGCUCAAGGAGCGGGCGCGACAGGAGCUCCUGGCGGCCGGGGAGGCCGGCGCGGCCGCCGUGACCAAGUUCCAGGCGCUGAGCUCGCUCCUGUGGCGGUGCGUCUCCCGCGCCCGGCGGCUGGCCCCGGACCAGGAGACCGUGUGCCGCUUCGCCAUCGACAACCGCGAGCGUCUCCGGCCGCCGCUUCCGGCGGGGUACUUCGGCAACAGUGUGUACGCCAUCUCGACGGAGGCCGUGUGCGCGUCGGAGCUGCUGGCGCGCGGGCACGGGUGGGCGGCGGCGGCUGUGGGGCGCGCGGUGGCCGCGCACACGGACGUCGACAUCCGCGCGCGCGUGGCGGCGUGGACGGCGAAGCCGGCACUGGUGGCGGCGCCGGCGGCGCUGAGGCCGCUGCACGGGAACGGCGUCGUGAUCGUGGGCUCGCCGCGGUUCGACGUGUACGGAUGCGACUUCGGGUGGGGGAAGCCGCUGGCGGCGCGGAGCGGCAGGGCGGCCAAGUACGACGGAAGGGUGUCGCUGUUCCCAGGGCGCGAGGGCGGCGGCAGCGUCGACGUGGAGGUGGCGUUGGCGCCGGAGCACAUGGCGGCGCUGGAGCGAGACGGUGAGUUCUGGGCCGCCGUGUCGCCGGACGCGGCCAAGAAACUAGAUCGUUGAGGUCAUUGUUGCUCUUUGUUAUUGGUCAACAAGUACGAUGGGAAGGUGUCGCUGUUUACCAGCCGGGACAGCUGUGGCGGCAUCGACGUCGAGGUGGCGCUUGCGCCGGAGCAUAUGGCGGCGCUGGAGCAGGACGCUGAGUUCUGGGCCGCCGUGUCGCCAGGACAUUAGAGCACUAGUCCACAUUAUUAUUAUUCAAUCAAAAAAUAAAAUGUCACUAGUCCACGUGGGUGCCACCUUGGUACCGUGUGGCAACAUCCAUGCCACGACCUCGACGAAUGCAACGCCGGCAUCCAAUAUAGAUGUACACUUUUGUCCAUCAUGAUGAACAACAAUUCCUCAUCUAUAUUGGAUGAUGAACAAAAUUUCCAUCAUGAUGAACAACAAUUCCUCAUCCGUGUCAGCAAAAAUGAUGUAACAUAUAGCCAUUUCACUUCCUUGAAUUACGCAAAUGCUCGCAGUAUAACAUUGUCAA